UUUUGAAACAAGAAGACAUUUUUGUGAAAUUCCAAAUUCAUCAAAUCUAAUAUUUAAUGGGCUCUGGUCCACUUUGUACUAUAACAUUUGGGCCUCAAGGUUAAAAAGUUUAAGAACCUCUGGUCUAGAACAAUGAUACUGCUUCCCCUAAAGCUGCUGUAUUUUAAAGUGGGGAAGGUGUUCUAUGGUUUACAUGUGUCACCUUUACUUUGUAUGUAACCUCUAAGUAACUAAUGUGCCUUGUAUGUGUAUCCCUUUCAGGGAUGCUCACAGUUGCACCCAAAGGUUUUCAGUGUCCUGCUGAGAAAAACUGCAACCCUUGUCUGGAUGCAGCCAAAGCUUGCAACCUCAACAACAGCUGCAAAAAGCAACGUUCCAGCUACAUUGCCACCUGCAGCAAGGGAGAUUCCAGCAAGGGUGAAACCUGCAGCAAGAAGCGGUGCCACAGAGCCUUGAGAAUGUUCCUGGACCGCAUGCACCCCGAGUUCAGCCACCGUCUGCUCUUCUGCCCUUGCCAGACUGAGGGCUGUGCUGAACGUCGCAGGCAGACAAUCGUUCCCGACUGCUCCUACAUAGAAAAGGAAAAACCCAACUGUCUGGAGCUAUGGAAAGUCUGUCGCCAGGACUCACUCUGCAGGUCAAGGUUGGCUGAUUAUUUGGCCAACUGCUGGAUGCCUCCACAUACAGCGAGCACCUGUCCAAACCAGGACAAUCACCAAGCCUGCCUGAGCUCCUUCACAAGACUCAUAGGUACAGAGAUAACUCCCAAUUAUGUGGACAACAGCUUUUCCAACUGGGUCAUAUCCCCCUGGUGCACCUGUAAGGGGAGUGGGAACCAAGAGGAGGAGUGUAUGAACUUCCUGCACUACUUCACCAACAACACUUGCCUAAGUGAGUCGUCUCACACACAUUCUGCAUGCAUCUCAAAUGUGUUUUCAUAAAAGAUGUGGGUCCAGCGGUACCACCUCCAGUCUGA